AUGGACCUCCCUUCCGAAUUUGAAGCCAUGCUCCUUGACGCGAAGCAAUUCGCCGCAUACCCGCAUCUCGAAGCUCUCCUAUCCAUGGUGAACGAGGCGUUCGACGUUCGCCAUAGGGAAUCGUUUGCGACGCAUGAACAGGGGAGAUUUGAAAGUUUAGAAGAGUUAGUCGCAAGCUUAGACGCCGUGGGAAGAUGUUGCAUCAUCACGCAAACACAAAAAAAUCAGGCCCCGAGGAUAGUUGCCUGUAGCAUAUUAAAGGCAUAUUUCGAAUGGGACCCUGCCUCGGACCCAGCGUUGAAGAAAGAAGAUGCUCGAGAUAUUUCCACUCAGAAUGGGGUGAACGGGACAAGCGAGCCACGCGAACCUCCAGGCUCCGAAACAAACUUGACACUUGCCGCCCUAAAUGCAAAAAAUGAGGACCCUGAUAUGGAUUUCAGGUCCGUCACAGACUGGGAACUCGGGGUUGUGGUCGUCCGUCAAGAUCCCCAAUUGAGCAAGCUUGGUCUCGCUGUCCGAUGUGCCGCGCUGCUGGAACAAGAUCUCCUGGAGCGGUUAGAACGGGCCGAGAAGGAGGAUGCUAACGGCGCGAUCACUCCGGUGGAUCAACAGAAGCCGUUGACGUUCUGGGUAAAGACAGCGGCGAUAGUCAAUGGGUCGUAUUGGCACAGGCGCGGGUAUGAGACUAUUCGCACGAGGAUAUUUCCCGAGGGGUACUGGGGGGCAUAUAGAGAAUUUGAAGUCGCAUGGAUGAACAAGUGUAUUCCACGUCGGGCGGUUUCUGGUGUAACGCUCAACAGUAAAGCUUACCAUGGCCAAUGUUCCGAUGUUGAAGCCACGGUCAACGCAACGCAAGUGUUUGAGCCCUGCGGGUUAGGGAACGCAUCUGAACCGAUGGCUGUUAGGCUGGCAGGCAUAACCAUAUCACCAUUCAACUUAUCCUGGGGAGAUAUCCGCAAAUACCUAACGAGAUUCCAGGACGAUGCUUCAAGCGCAAACCAUGAAUUUGUUGAUAGGGUUAUAUCGUUUGCCCGGAGAAAGAAAACAACCCCUGCUCAGGUCGUAUUGAUUUGGAUAGGGCCAUCAGCAAAGCCCACGAUUACUCCGAUACUAUGA